GAGAACCAAUGGGCGUUUAGGACGCAGAGGCUCAGCUUAUAAAUGACAAGGUGACUGUUUGGCUCGUUCUACACUCAUUGACUGCCGCUGUGAGCGUAAGCAGCUAAUAUCGGACUCUCGGAAACCCCAAACUAAGCGGUUCCAGCCAUGUAUGCCUGCGCCAAGUUCAUCACUUCUCCUGCUGUGCUCCGUGGGGGGUCCAGAGUCCUCGCCCGGCCAGUCUCAGUCUCCCUGUUUAACAGACCUGAAGCCACAGUGGAGCAACAGGCCUUGCUGCCUCUGAGCCAGUCCGUAGUCCUGUCCCGCUCUUUCCAGACCAGUGCGGUCUCCAGGGACAUCGACACUGCUGCAAAGUUCAUUGGUGCUGGUGCUGCCACAGUGGGCGUGGCCGGAUCAGGAGCUGGAAUCGGAACAGUGUUCGGCAGCCUUAUCAUCGGCUAUGCUAGGAACCCUUCCCUGAAACAGCAGCUCUUCUCCUACGCCAUUCUGGGGUUUGCUCUGUCUGAGGCUAUGGGUCUGUUCUGUCUGAUGGUGGCGUUCCUCAUCUUGUUCGCCAUGUAAACGUACAAACAACACCACUCCCUAUACUUCUGCUUCCCUCCAUCCCGGUCACCUCCGCCCGCUCCCUCGCUCCCUUCUAUCCGGAGGGUGGGUUUCAGAACAGGAACUCUGAGCCAGCAGAUGGGCCAUUCCAGUCAAAAAGAGGAAGAAAUAUUAAAAAUCAGAGGUUAGCAAAACCUCCAGUCCUACAUUUUUAUUUUCUGACACGUUUAUUUUUUUUUGUUUUUCUGAAAAUUUAUGUAAAACCUUACAUGGUUUUAAAAACAAUCUGUCCAGAAUAAAUGGUUGAAAUAACUGAA